GACUUUUGUCUACUAGUUUUCCCCUGGCCUUAUAAUCUUUUCCAACUCCGGUUUUGGAUUCCCCGACGCACUUCCGAGCAUCACCCACGCUACCAUCACUAUUUUCAUUCCUUGUUAAAUAUUCUCUUCUCUUCUCUUCUCUUCUCUCCUGUUUCUGUUUCGUUUUGUUUUUUCUCGCAAUAAUGGAAGGAGUGAAAUUCGAUAAGUCGGGUUAUGAAGUCAAAACCUCUUCUGAUUCUUGCAUAUUUGCAAUCAACGCUUACUAUCACCAGGUGCUUAGUUAUGGCAGAGAUAGGAGAGUGAUCUUAGAAGCGCCUGUUCAUGACAAGGACUGCGUUUUGGCCAACAUUUUGGCCGCUCAUUUUCUCUUCUCCUCUGACCCUUCUGAGGCUUCUCUCCAUAUAGAAGCUGCCAAGUCUAGACUUGAGCAAGCCACCUUUUAUGAGAAGGCUGUUUUUGAUGUUGUCAAUUAUUUGAUUUCUGAGAAUAGAGAUGAUGAUGUAGCCGUGGAAUUGCACUCUAAGCUCUUAAGAGAUUUUCCAAGAGAUCUUGUUUCAUUGAAGAGGGUGCAAGUGCUGUGCUUUUAUAUGGGUCGACCUGAUUUGUCUUUGGGUCUUGUCCAGCAGGUUCUACCCCAAAAUCAACAAGAAAAUUACAUAUAUGGCAUGCUUGCAUUCCCGCUAUUAGAGCUUGGACGAAUGGCAGAUGCAGAGAGUGCUGCAGAAAAGGGAUUUGAGAUCAACAAGCAAGACUUUUGGGCACAACAUGCUUUAUGCCAUGUUCUUCAGUAUGAAUGUCGUUACAAAGAAGCAGUGCAGUUCAUGGAAGAAUGCUCAUCUUCAUGGGGUUCUUGUUCAUCAUUCAUGUUGACCCACAAUUGGUGGCAUGUGGCUCUUUGUUAUUUGGAAGGUCAUUCUCCAAUUAUAAAGGUCAGAGAAAUUUACGACCAUUGUAUAUGGAAGGAGUUGGAAAGAAGUGAUGCAAUCUGUGCAGAGGUAUACCUAAAUGCUCUGGGCCUGUUGUUGCGGGUGCAUGUGCGGGGAGAGCUAGAUUUCUUUGAGGAUCGCUUGAAAAUAUUGGCAGCACAUCUAACAGAUCAAGCUAACUGGUUCAUGGAGUGGCACUUUGAUGUGUUGAUAUUAUGGGCCUUAGCUUUUACUGGGGAAGUUGCCAAAGCAGAAGAUUUAUUGAAGGGCUUGAAAUCCAGAUUUUCCAUGAUGAGCAAGAAGAAGCAACAAGUAAUGCAAAGAGCAAUGCUGCUUGCGGAAGCCAUAUACGAGUAUGGACAAGGUAAUGAAAAACAAGCACUAGAAAUACUUGGUCCAGAUUUUGAUGCUUAUAAUUGUAAGAUUAUUGGGGCUUCUGAUGAACAGCUUGAUGUAUUUAGUGAAGUCUGGUACAGUAUGUUGCUGAAUACUGGACAAGUUACCAAAGCAAUUGAAUCAAUUGAGAAACAGAUCCAGAAGAGGGAAGGAGCUCCUUUCCUGUGGCGUCUGCUGGAGACAGGUUAUACUCUGAGUGGCAGGCAGGAAGCUGCAACUAUUGGUGAGAAAGCCAGAGUAUUAGAAGCAGCAUAUUUCAACUAGCCUCUCUGAGCACAACUUGUCUAGAUAAACCAUAAUCUGGGUGCUUUAGUCUAAUAAGAGGUCGAACUAUCGUUCACUACCUCAAGGAACCUAUCAAAAUAACAUGUCAUGUAAAUUACAUCAUCUGGUUGAAUCAACAUUUUGACAUAACAAGAAAGCACAUGAAAUGAUCUGUAGAUUUGCAUGAAAUCAUGAAAACUUCGGCUUUCUGCGGUUCAGUCUG